GCCCCCGAUGCCCACGGACGGCCGUUGCCGUACGCUCGUUUCCAGCGUUAACGUUUAUGUGUGUGCGAUCCGAGCUGCUGGGAAUCGCUUGAAAUGGCGCUUGUUCGUGCCGCGUGUCUGCAUACGAAAGUGGCGCGCGGGGCCGGACUUCCGGCGAAGGCGCGCGCGGGACUUGUGUACAGAAAGCACGGGGACCCUGCACAAGUCGUCCAGUUAGAGGAUAUGGUCUUACCCUCCAUAGGUUCAAAGGAUGUUCUGGUCGAAAUCCUCGCAGCCCCAAUCAAUCCAUCAGACAUCAACAUGAUUCAAGGCACCUACGCUAUCCUCCCUGACCUACCAGCCGUAGGGGGCAACGAGGGGGUGGCCAAAGUCGUAGAGGUGGGCAGCCAGGUGCAGUCACUUAAAACAGGAGACUGGGUCAUCCCAAGAGAUGCUGGACUUGCAGGGAUGUGGCGGACUGUAGCAGUGUUCUCUGAGAAAGAUUUGAUCUCUGUACCGAAUGACAUUCCCCUGUUGUCCGCUGCUUCACUGGGUGUGAACCCCUGCACAGCCUUCAGGAUGCUCAAUGACUUUGAAGACCUCAAGCCAGGUGACUCGGUGAUCCAGAAUGCAGCUAACAGUGGGGUCGGCCAGGCUGUAAUACAGAUUGCUGCUUCAAGAGGAAUAAAUACCAUCAAUGUUGUCCGAGACAGGCCGGAGUUCACACAGCUCAGCGAUAGGCUGAAGGCCAUGGGAGCCAGUCAUGUGAUCAAAGAGACGACACUGAGGCAGCCUGAAAUGAAGGAGCUGUUCAAGACCUGUCCGAGGCCUAAACUGGCACUGAAUGGAGUUGGGGGCAAGAGUGCCACAGAACUCCUCCGUCACCUAGAGAUUGGAAGGACAAUGGUAACGUAUGGAGGAAUGGCUAAACAGCCAGUUACUGUUCCUGUGAGUUCUCUCAUCUUCAAGGAUGUUAAAGUGCGUGGCUUUUGGGUCACACAGUGGAAGAGAGAUCACGCACACAAUGAGGGGGCCUUCAGAGGCAUGGUGGAUGAACUGUGCACCUUAAUCCGGCAGGCAAAGCUGACAGCCCCCGCCUGUAGUGAGGUGAACCUCCGUGACUACCGUCAGGCUCUGGAAGCGGCCAUGCAACCUUUCAUUUCAGCCAAACAGGUCCUGGUCAUGUGACCCUAGCACACGGGGUCCAUUCAACCAGUGACUGCACUGUCACAAUAGUGACAUGUGAACAGGGUGUAGCCCAAGGACUGCCCUGUCGUCGCUAGAAGUAAGAUGCUCAAGUACAAUAAAAUGGCAUGGCUGUGAAACAAAUGAC